UCAAAUUGACCGUAACAACAGGCAGGUGCGUGUUGGGAAAAUGCCAAGCGAUCUUGAUUUUACAACCAGGAAGAAAGCAUCUUAAAUCUGCUUUUAGAACGAACAAGAAUCUUUCUGGACCAUGUCGCGGAAGUGUCCAACUUGCGACAAGACCGUCUACAUGGGCGAAAAAAAAGAGUCGCUCGGAAAUUGGUAUCAUCCUUUGUGUCUGAAAUGCAAGAAAUGUGGCAGACAGCUUGCGAGAGGAAGUCACGCCGAGCGCAAGGGCCAGCCAUACUGUCAUAACCCUUGUUACGCUUCAGAGUUCGGUCCAGGAGGAUUCGGACAUGGCGGGACGGAGUCACACAAAUACUGACACGUGACUGUUUUGAGUAAGAUACCGACUGUAAACAUAGCUUAUUCUUAAUAUAAUGGCAAGCGCUGUUUACGGCCAAGGGAAGGACUACCCCUCUGCUUGUUUUACACACCCAUCGCGUUCGUCUCGCGCUUGCCGAAUCUCUCGCCUGAAAACGGAAAUGAGCGCACCUGUUCAGCGGUCUACUUUAAGCUUAUAAAAGAAUAAAUGAUAUUUCUUCAACUACCUCA